UUAACAAAUAGGGAGUACCAGACAGCACUUUCCUCAUCAGAAACGUACAGAAGCUGUCUGGAUUGCAAGUGCAGAGCAGGACCAUUGACAGCUGAAUAUAUUGAUUUUUGCAGAGAGAAGAUAUGGCUGUUUAUUGUUGUGACAUGCUUGUUUCUGGGAAUUACUUCCUCAGAAGAGCUGAGAAGAAUGAAGAGAGCUGUGGAUGCUGAAGCUUUUAUGAGUAUUAGUGAGCUCAUUACUUACAAAGGGUACCCCAGCGAGGAGUAUGAAGUGAUGACAGAAGAUGGUUAUACCAUUACCAUCAACAGAAUCCCUCAUGGUACUCAGGAUCAAGAAAGCCCAGGUUCAAGACCUGUUGUGUUUCUCCAGCAUGGAUUAUUGGGAGAUGCUAGYAACUGGGUCACAAACAUGCCCAACAACAGCCUGGGCUUCCUGCUAGCUGAUGCUGGAUUUGAYGUUUGGAUGGGAAAUAGCAGAGGGAAUCGCUGGUCAAGAAAACAUSAAGAGUAUUCCAUUGAUCAAGAUGAAUUCUGGGCUUUCAGUUUUGAUGAGAUGGCAAAGUUUGAUCUUCCAGCAGCAAUAMAUUUCAUUCUGGAGAAAACAGGACAGGAAAAGUUGUACUAUAUUGGCUAUUCACAAGGUACUACCACUGCUUUCAUUGCAUUUUCAACAAUGCCAGAGCUGGCUCAAAAAAUCAAACUCUACUUUGCAUUGGCACCAGUCACUGCUAUUAAGUAUGCUAAAGGACCAGCAACAAAACUCCUCUACCUUCCUGAGAAAGUGCUCAGGGGUAUGCUUGGCAAAAGGGARUUCCUUCCCAAGACUGAGUGUCUGACGAGGAUAAUAGCCCCUGUCUGCAGCCACCGAGCUUUUGCCAGGCUUUGCAGAAGCGUCUUCUUCAAUCUGGGUGGCUGUAACCUGAAAAACAUUGAUGUGAACCGAAUCAAUGUGUAUAUUGCCCAAACCUCUGCUGGAACUUCUGUGCAGAAUAUAAUCCACUGGAGUCAGGAGGCCCAGUCAGGGAAGUUCCAAGCUUAUGACUGGGGCAGUUCAAAGAAGAACAUGGAAAAAUACCAACAGACUAUUCCUCCUCUCUAUAACGUAGAAGAGAUGACUGUACCAACUGCAGUAUGGACUGGGGGGCAAGACCUGCUGGCAGAUCCCAAGGAUGCAGCCAUUUUAUUGUCUAAAAUUAAGAAGCUUAUCUAUCACAAGAACAUUCCUGAAUGGGCACACCUGGAUUUCAUCUGGGGAUUGGAUGCACCUUUGCAGGUGUACAAUGAAAUUAUUGAUCUGAUGAAGAAGUAUCCUUAACCCACCACAAAAAGCAUUGCCUGACUCGUUCAACACCAUUUAGAUUCACAGGGUACAAAAAAUGCCUUCUGUUACAUCUGGAGUCAGGGAAAGGGUUCCUCCUGCACACUCCAUGCCUUUUGCAUCCUGGUAGUGCACUUCAUWUUUUCUGGCAACCUUGUGGAUCUGUAAUACUUUUUCAAUUGAUACAACUUUGAUUCUGCAAUAACUAUACUUUGCUAGCAGGACACAGGGUUUGCUUGCAGCCUGCUCUCUUCUCUAGACUACAACAGUAAUGAAAGCCCUUCCUUUCCCUGGAUACAUUCUGAGAUAUCUGUAUUUUUUCCAUUCUUCAUAUUAUAUCUCAGUUUACUGGGUCACCAGUUAUGUAAAGGCAUAGUGUAAUCAAAAACUAUUCUAACAGUUGUGGUAUUGAAUGAUUUUAUUAUUAAACAGAUGAUGAACAGAAAGCAGAAACUGUGCUUAUACAAAAAAGAACGACCUCACUCCUGAAAAGAAGAUGGCUUAUCUUUGAAACGGGACUGCUCACUGUUUUCAUGAGGAAAAGCAAGGGACACAGGGUAGACCCAACAGAAAAGAAUAGCCAGUCUCACAGUUCAAGCAUACACCUGAAAGCUGGGAAACUUGGCUUCAAGGUUCACCUCGAGACAGAAAAAUCCUUCCUGACUCAAGCUUAAUCAUUUUGGYAAUGGCAGCACUUCCAUGGGACAGUUUAGUUCAAAGUUACACCCUGAACCCAGCAGAAAUCUCACACCUCCUGCUGUUUCACGUGUAAGCUACUGCCUAUCACAGAGCUGAGAUGUUCUAACCUUUGUCACGGCUCUGAGCAGCCUCUUUGGAGUUUAAACACUAAAAUGAAAAGAACCCAAACAUUGCUAGAAAGAAUCCAUUCUAUUCAUGCCAAGUAUAUUUAGAGCACUUUGACCACUACUGGAAAGAGCUGCUUUCAAGACAGUGAUGAAGAAUUAUUCAUCCUAUUAAUUUCAUGUGGUAACUAUGACUCUACCAAUAUCGUUUCAAAUAGGUACUUACKGCACAAAACCACUCAGUCGAAGGGUAACCUCUGUGGUUAUUGGGUUACAGCAUUGUAGGGCACCAUCCCUCCAAAACAAAAUGCCUUUAGCUUCACUGUGAGAAGAAACACUGUACAUUUAGGGGGGUUCCUUUCAGCRUGACACCCUCAUUCUCCAUUUCAAUGAAAUGUUAAUGUAGGCCAGGUCUGGGGUGCUGACCAGRGCAGUGCCGCUGUCACACUGGAACAGUUCACCGGUGGCACUGUGUGACCAAAGGACCAGUCCUCACUCUGCAUAAUGGUUCAUUAGCCAAACAAGUUAACCAKGGCUGCUGCCACUUCUGUACCUUUCCUUUCCAAGACAAACAGCAGGCCUCUUUCAUCUCCUGAGCCCACUGCUGAAGCGUGUCCUCUUUCCUUCUCCAUAAAUAUAACUAGAGUUUGGUCCAAACAAAACAGCUCCCCUCCAGACAAGGACAUUCCUUCYACCAGAUACAAAUUCCUGGAGACAAAUACCCUUCAGAGAGUCAAUCUUUCAAUGUGCUCACUGCUUGUAGGGAAAAUGUAUGAGGACUUGGGACCUACUUUGUGAGUUACCAAUGCUUUCCAUGCUAAAUGAAACUACAUCGGAUGUGAAAGUAGGCAGAACAUUCCCUAAAGUCAUCUAGGAAAGAGAUUACAAUUGUGCAGGUGUUUUGCAACCUGAGACAUCACAGAGGAGGCAGGGAGUUGAAUUUUCUGGAAAAUCAGUAAAAGCAGGUUGAGCAAACAGCAUUGGACACAUCAUGGGGACUGUUGAGCCCACCUUGACACAUGAGAAGGAUUGAGACAUCGUGUGGCAGAAGUACUUCUGAGUGAUUAAUUAUUGUUUGAUGAUAGUUAUUGUCACUUACAGAUAUCAGAGAAGUCAAGCUAUAACGUUUUUCACUAAGAAGUUAUCAAACUGCUUUUUUCACUAUCCCAAACAAUGUUCUUUAAUUUGUGUCUAAAGCAGAACUGUUGGUGUGCUGUCACAUUCUGUCAUCUCACUCCUUCCUCCAGUAGUCAAAGGCAUCAUAUUAUUUACAAUGGUGUUCCCAAGAACACAUGCCUCUUAUCUGAUGUUCUAAAAGAUCAUCAGUCCAUGAUGAAACUCAAGUUUUUCUGAAGACACUCGUGAGUUAGUUGGCUGAGCAGGCUGAUCCUCAUGUAGGAGGAUUCUAUUUAGUUUAUAGCCCUGCUGCUCAAGGACAUGGAACAAGUCCUUCUGCCCGUAGUCAUCGAGCCAAUCUCGGUGAGGACUGAGCCCUCAGGCUGACUACAGCUAAUUCAGCCGUUAAGCARAGAUCUCCAGAUACUGKGUUUUCAGAGGUGAUGAAAAUGGCUGAUGAUAAACAUGAACCCGUGUUUGUUCUCUCGCUGAGAGAAAGGUUAUAUGUUGUGUUCAAGCCUUCUUUGGCACUGGAGUGUGGUUAAU